AUGGAUGCCUUCUCUUCCAUGCUGGUUGGAAGCGCCUAUAUCAGCCGCAACGGUCCGGGCGCCCAGAGGUUCAUUCAGACGCAGGUGGGCAUAACAAACCUGGCAAAAGACUUAUAUUUCUUUGGAAAACAGUCAGACAAUCAGUCAGAAGGUAAUCGCCGAAUUCCUACGUUAUUAGAGGAGAAGUUUGUCAACAUCACCUUGAGUCUCGUAUCACAAGCGGAGCUAAAUCCUGACGAGCCUAUUCAAGCCAACAUCGAUACGGAGGCGUACGAAAAUAUCUACACUUACUCAGUCGCCCCCUUGUGGAUAGCCUACGGGGUCGCCGUGGGAAUCACUAUCUUGUCCAUCACGAUCGGCACUUGGGCUGUGGUCGUCGCAGGCUCUUCGUACAGCAGCAAGUUCUCCACGAUCCUGCGUCUUGCCUUCAACGUCCAACUGUCCGAGUACGUCGAGCUUCAGGACACUGGCGGCGAAGAUCCGCUGCCGGAUCGGCUGGAAAAUACGGUUGUUGCAUUCCCCUCACGAAAUGCUAAGGGCGCAGAAGUUAAUGGCUCACUGUUGGAUAAUGGCGAAGAGAGGACAUCAGGGCUUUGA